CUUGGAAAACAUUUCACAUUGGCGGCGCUAAGCGUCACCCUACUCUUGAUGCUGAGCUAUUACCCCACCGGCAGUGAGGGAUCUCGGAUAUUGGCAGUUUUUUCAUUUCCCGGAAAAAGUCAUUAUGGAAUGCAUUCUGCACUGAUUACGGAACUAAUCGAUCGGGGACAUCAUGUCACAAUGGUGGCGGCAUUUUCAUUGAAACAUCUAAAAUUGGGACAGAAUUAUACGGAAAUUCUCAUAGAGCCGGUCUAUGAUUUUUGGAGUGAUAUCAAGGCCCAUUUUAAGGCGAAAACAAUUUUCGACUUGAGUACAAUUGGUGUUUUGGAGAAUCACUUUUUGUUAGAAGUCCUUGGGUUUGGCACCACUGAACAUGCCCUGCAACAACCCGCAGUCCAAGAUUUGAUAAAUGAACCAAAUCCUCGGGGAAAAUAUGAUUUGUUGUUGUGUGAACAAUUCUAUCAGGAACCAUUUUUGGCAUUGGCUAAAAUCUAUGAUGUACCUGUGGUUACUAGUGGUACAUUGGGUUUUGAAAAUCAUAUGAGUCAAAUGAUGGGUUUGCUAUCGCCAUGGUCAUUUGUACCGCAUGGUUUUACGGAUUACAAUGAUCAUAUGACGUUUAAGGAGCGGCUAUUGAAUUCAUACUACUCAUUGGCCGAAGAUUUCCUACGGGAAUAUCAUUAUUUUCCCGAAAUGGAUAAAAUGGUGAAGAAAUAUUUUGGCCAUUUGAAUGUUACAAUUCCCUCAGUCUCAGAAAUGGAGAAGAAUAUUUCGGUGAUGUUAUUGAACAGCCACAUUCCAUUGACCACGGCAAGACCUUUGGUCCCAGGUAUCAUUUUUGUGGGUGGUAUGCACAUUUACCCACCCAAGAAGCUACCACAGGAUAUUCAACAAUUUAUGGAUGGAGCCAAAGACGGUGUGAUUUUCUUUAGCUUGGGAAGCAACGUCCAAUCCAAAGACAUGCCCGAAGAUAAGCUGCACAUUUUCCUGGAUGUCUUUGCCGCAAUGAAACAGCGUGUCAUUUGGAAAUUUGAAAAUGAAAGUAUUCCCAAUCUGCCCGAGAAUAUCAUGAUCAAAAAAUGGCUGCCACAAUCGGAUAUUUUGGCCCAUCCCAAUACGAAAGUUUUCAUAACCCACGGCGGUCUGUUCGGUACCCAAGAAGGUGUUCACCACGGUGUACCCAUGCUGGGUAUACCCUUCUAUUGUGAUCAACAAUUGAAUUUACGGAAAUCCGAAAGACACGGUUAUGCCAUUAGUUUAGAUUUCCUUACAAUUACACACGAUCUGCUUCGCGAUUCAUUAAAUAAGCUGAUCUAUGACCGCCAGUAUCGUGAUAAUGUUCAACGUUAUUCACGCAUCUUUCGUGAUCGCCCUAUGGGCUCCAGGGAAACUGCUGCCUAUUGGAUUGAAUAUGUGAUACGUCACAAGGGGGCACCUCAGCUACGUUCUGCCGGUUUGGAUUUGAAAUGGUAUCAAUUUUAUUUAUUAGAUGUUAUUGCAUUUGUUGUUGUUCUGCUAUUGGCUGCUAUUUUAGUUGUACGUUACGUGUUAAAGAAGCUACUUUUUGGUAUUAGUUCGAAUAGGAAAAUUAAAAUGAAUUAA